AUGGCCGAGCAAGCCCAACCGCUCCCCCAACUCUUCGGUAUAAUCCCCACGGGCCUCCCUCCCAUUACCACACCCACCGCCUGCCCAACGCCCACCUCGCUGGUUUACACCCUCCCCACGACCCGCGACUCCACGCACCUCGUCGUCUUCCUCCUCCCAGGAGUCACCCUGCCACCCAACACCGCCGCCGCCAUCUAUCUCCAGGUGCCGUCGCCCUCCGCCACCAGCCCCGCGUUCAAUUUCCUCGGCGCCAUCGGCCCCGGGAAAGAAAGCGCCAUCUUCAAGAUCUCCGGCCUUCUCAACUCCAACAACCCCUCUUCUAGCACCACCACCACCUCCUCCUCUUCCGAACCACCAACUACGCUCACGCUGGGGAUCUCAAUCGAGGAUGCUGCUGCCGUAGCCGCCCAGAUGGCAGCGCAGCAGCAGCCCGAGCAGAACAACGCGCUCGUGAAAGCGAAUCGCGCGACCCCGGCCACCGCGGAUCCAACGCUGCUGGCUCAGCGGAUCAUCAAGAACGCGUUCAAUUUCCUGGCGAGCUUUAGUGGGAAUACGGCCGGCGGUGUCGAGGUCGUGCCGUUGAAGGCGUUUGAGGAGUGGUGGAAGAAGUUCGAGGCCAAGGUUAGGACGGAUCCGAGCUUUUUGCAGAGGGAUGCAGAUUGA